GGGAUUUGGGGAGGAUAGUCCCCAGUCAUCAAACCACAGUCCCUCAGAGCAGGUCGCAUUGUUAUUUAUCCAAAUCUGCAGAGUUCCCUAGAGUCAUGACCCAGGCCCAUCCGUCUCUCUUUUUCAGGUUGUGGGCUGCACACUGCAGGAAAAUUCAGCUGAAGAAAGAUAACUCUUCCACACAAGUGUACAACUACCAGCCCUGCGACCAUCCAGACCGCCCCUGUGACAGCACCUGCCCCUGCAUCAUGACACAGAAUUUCUGUGAGAAGUUCUGCCAGUGCAACCCGGACUGUCAGAAUCGCUUUCCUGGCUGUCGCUGUAAGACCCAGUGCAACACCAAGCAGUGUCCCUGCUACCUGGCAGUGCGAGAGUGUGACCCCGACCUGUGCCUCACCUGUGGGGCCUCAGAGCACUGGGACUGCAAGGUGGUUUCCUGCAAAAACUGCAGCAUCCAGCGAGGCCUCAAGAAGCACCUGCUGCUGGCCCCCUCAGAUGUGGCCGGAUGGGGCACCUUCAUUAAGGAGUCUGUGCAAAAGAACGAAUUCAUUUCUGAAUACUGUGGUGAGCUUAUCUCUCAGGAUGAGGCUGAUCGACGGGGGAAGGUCUACGAUAAAUACAUGUCCAGCUUCCUCUUCAACCUCAACAAUGAUUUUGUAGUAGAUGCUACCCGGAAAGGAAACAAAAUUCGAUUUGCAAACCAUUCAGUGAACCCCAACUGUUAUGCCAAAGUGGUCAUGGUGAAUGGGGAUCAUCGCAUUGGGAUCUUUGCUAAAAGGGCAAUUCAAGCUGGUGAAGAGCUCUUCUUUGAUUACAGGUACAGCCAAGCUGAUGCCCUCAAGUACGUGGGGAUCGAGAGGGAGACCGAUGUCCUUUAGCCCUCCCGGGCCCCACGCCAGCGCUUACGGUGGCAGCACUGUCUUUGCUUCAUGCACACACCACCGCUGCUCGAGUUUCCUGCACUACGUGUCUCCCACACCGAGAAUCCCCCCCCCACUCCCUCUGCAGCGAGGCCUCGGCUGUGGCCAGUGGGAACAAGCGGUCUCAGUGAGAGGGGACACAGAGGCAGCUGGGGCUUGGGCCCCCAGGAGGAGAGUUGCAGAAGUGGGAGACCGAGUCUCAGGCCUCAGAGGGAGAGAGCGCGGGCUAGGGGUGGGUGACUCCGUGGUUUCUGGUCCGCUACACAGGCUGUGGGCCUCGGCAGUCAACCUGGGCAGUUCCUCACCUGCACUGGCCUGUAAUUCUAACUUUCCAAGUCAAGGGUCCUUGUGUAAUUGGGUCGCCGGCAUCUCUCUCUGUGGUCAUAGGGCCUGGAGAGGACUGGCUCGGUGAAGUUUGGUACCCGGAGCUUAGGAGUGGCCUGCGUCAAGGGCGAGCCUGGCGGGUGGCACAGACUGACUUCAGAGGGGAGACGGGUCACCUUACUACCUCUUCCCUCCUGGCAGGGUUCAAAUUCAAAGAGUGUGGGUUCCGAGUGUGGAUAUUCAACACUGGGAGAAGGAGAGCUAAGUGCUGUUCUUCCAUAGAGAGCGAGAGCCAUCCUGGUGACCGCAGUUCAACUGCUGAGCCUGGGGCCCAAGAGGCUCUGAGAAACCUUCUCUGCUCUGGAGAUGGGUGGAUACAUUUUCAGAUUCCCGAAAGCCGGUGCCAGUCUGCUGCCGGCUCCUCCCGAAGCUGUGGCUCGGCGCCGGCAGGCGACCCUCGUGCUGCUACUGAAGGAGCAGGGGGUCGUGCCGGGCUGCGCAGGAGCACGCCAGUUCCAGGCUAUGGAGUUGUUUUCAGGCCUUUCAUUCCCUCUAGAGGCCAGGCCCACGGGGCCUCUGUUGCUUAUCUCUUCUGGGUAGAUGGGCGAAGGCCUGGACUAGAGAGGGGUGAGGUUCUGAAGGUGAUUUACUUUCCUGUCUGAUGCACCUGCUGUUGGAAAGGGUAGUUGAGUGUUUGGAGGUGGGUGAGGGGCUCCCAAGUUGCACGUGCUUAGGACGGCAUCACGCUCGCCACACACACUGGCAGAGGGUAUUUGAAGCGUAGAGAGGACGCAGGCCAACCUCCUGCGCCAGUCCACGGUGCCAUUCUCUCUGGGAGUCCUGAUGAGCAAAGCACUUUAUUUCUUUGAGAAGGUCUGCAGAUUGAGGUGACGUUUGAGCUGAGGUCUCUGGGGUCCCUGCCCAAAUCCCAUUCCUAAGGGAAGGGGAAGGACAGGGGUUGGAAGAUUCCCCUCCAGUUCUGUCUCAGCUCCUGGUGGAGUAAGGAGGAGCUUCCUUGCCACAUAAGACGUAAAUGAGGAUGGGGCCGGCUCGAGGAGCUACCCCUGUGGUCUAUGGCCGGUGUGCUGAGCUGGCAGGGAAUAAGGAGCAUUGUGCUGGGUAAAAAGGAUGUGGGCAGGGACAGGCUGGCCCAGGGAAUACUGGAGUAGGGAGCCGGCUUCUCUUUUCUCUAGGGAAUCCAAGCCUUGCUUCCCUGGUCUAUACUGACCACUCCCUUUCUCCAACCCCACUGGCUGUCCCAUGAAGCAAGGAGUGGGGUUCCCUCUAGCCAAACUGUCGCCUAGGGAUUUUGGUGGGACGUGCACACACACUCACAUAUCCUCACGCACCACACUUGUGGGCACACAUGCACUCAGCCCUGAGCACACGCCCAGCCGGCUCCUGACGGAAGCCUCUUCCCACCUGACUGGUCAGCCCCACCAUGAUUCUGAAAUCUCCAUCUGCAGUGGUUUGUAUUCAUUGUGUACUGGAGACACCUCCUAACUGGACUGUGGGCUCUGAAGUACUCGUAAAUUACAGGGAACUACCAGAGACAAAUGAAGGAGGAGGAGUUGGGUCUGUCUGAAAUGGGGCUGGCUGUGAGGAAAAGAUGGGCAACAGGUUAUAUCCAGCCGUUGAGAGGCUAGACUGAUCCCCCUCUUCCCUCAGUGUGCAGAAUCCCCUCCUUCCCAGUUUCAGACCACUAAUACUCCUGUUCUGCCAGCAUUCCCAUCCUGUUCCCCUCGCUGUCCCCCCACCCCACACCUUCAGUGACGGGUCUCAACCUCUCCCCCCAGACCGUGGAAUGACAGACAGAGCAAGGUGGUGGGGACUGUGGGGGGGGAGGGCUGGUAUACGUGCGGCUUUAUUGCCAGUGAAUUUCACGCACUUUAAAGUCCUGUGGCUCGUGACCUCUUACCUGAAUAAAGUGGUAGAAUCCAUCUUGGCAA